AUGGGUGUCGGCACAUUCUUUCACUACUUCGGCACAGUGCUGCUGCUUGCUGCCACGGCUCUCCUUAUUGUCGUGUCGGUCACCGCGCCUGUGGUCAACGACCUCUCUAUCCUGAAGGUCGACGUCAGUGGUAGCAGCACUAUAGACAGAAUAACAUUUGGCACAUUUGGAUACUGCAUCAUCAGAGACGGACCUGAUGAUUGCACCAAGGCUCACGUUGGCUACGAUGCCACCGCCGCUCUCGCAGGAGUCCAAGGCCUUACCUUCUCCAAGGGCGACCGCGAUUCCGCCAGGGUUCUCACCCGAGUUCUGAUUCUGCACCCCAUUGCUGCUGGCCUUACCUUCUUGGCCUUCUUGCUCUGCCUCGGCACCAGCUUCCUCGGCUCCUUUGUCGCCUCUCUCUUCUCCUUCCUGGCCUUUGUCGUCACAGUCGUCGCCAUGGCCUGUGACUUUGCCGGCUUCGAGAUCAUCAAGCACGCCGUCAACACCAGAGGCCCCAACAACCUCCAUGCUCGCUGGGGUCCUACCGUCUGGUGCAUUCUUGCCGCCGCCGCCUUGAAUCUUAUCGCGACUGUCUUGGUCUUUAUUACUUGCUGUGCUGGCCGUAGAAAGAAGAGCCACACCCACCGCGGCAAGGCUGACUACUAA